GAGCUUCAUUCUCUCGACACUCUCAAAAUGGGGAGACAGACGCUCUCGUCAAUUGCCGUUCUCCUCCCGCUCCUCACAGCCACCGCGAAUGCCGCCUCGGAAGCGCCCCGGCCGCGCGGCGUAGGGCCAGACUUUGCGAAGUACUACAAAGACGCAACAUCCUUCGCGUGCAUCUCCAACCCGGAAAUCAAGCUCGACGUGUCCCGCAUAAACGACGAUUACUGCGAUUGCCCCGACGGCAGCGACGAGCCUGGCACCUCCGCGUGCUCGUACAUCUCCCCACUCUCGCCAAAGCAGCCCUCGCGCUACGACCCCACCAAGAUCAACGACUCUCAAGCCCUGCCCGGCUUCUACUGCAAGAACAAGGGCCACAUCGCGAGCUACGUGCCCUUUACAAAUGUCAACGACGGUGUGUGCGACUACGAGCUAUGCUGCGAUGGUAGCGACGAGUGGGAGGGCGUGGGCGGCAUAAAGUGCGAGGACAAAUGUGCCAAGAUUGGCAAGGAGUGGAAGAAGCAGGACGAGGCGCGGCAAAAGAGCCUGGGCAAUGCCAAUAGGCGGCGGAAAGAGCUCGUUGCCGAGGCGGAGCGACUAAGGAAGGAGGUCGAGGAUCGGAUCCAGACGUUGCAGGCUCAGAUCAAGGGCCAGGAGGUCAAGGUUGAGGCAUUGACCAAGACACUGGCCGAAGUCGAGAGGUCGGAGAAGGGCAAGGUGGUGCGGGGAGCAGGCAAGGGGGGGAAGUUGGGUGUCUUGUCGAGCCUGGCGAAAGACAAGGUGAACGAGUUGACGGACAGCCUGAGGACAGUCAAGGACGAGAGGGACGCAGCCAGGUCCAAGAUCACCGAGCUGGAAGCCAUCCUCAAGCGCUUCAAGGAGGAGUACAACCCGAACUUCAAUGACGAGGGCGUCAAGCGCGCCGUCAAGGCCUGGGAAGACUACGCCGCCUCGCAGCCCAUCGCGACGGAUGAUUCCGCCCGCGACCGCGACCUUGAAGACCUCCUGAACCCCGCCUCCGAAAGCGCCAUCAAAUGGGACGACUUUGAGGACAACGAAGAGUCCGACGUCGAGCUCCUCUACAAAUUUGAAGAAUACCUCCCCACCCCGCUGCGCACCUGGGUCGACGAGAAGCUCCGUGCCCUCCGCCUCACCCUCAUCGAAAACGGCAUCCUCGCCGACACCACCGCCUCCGACGCUCCAGAGUCGAAGCGCGUCACUGAUGCCCGCGACCAGCUCUCUUCCGCGCAGAGCGCCCUCGACAACGACCGCAGCGAGCUGACCAAGCACACCGAAGAUCUCGCCAAGGACUACGGGCCCGAUGCCAUUUUCCGUGCGCUCAAGGGUGUGUGUGUCAAUCAGGACAGCGGCGAGUACACGUACGAGCACUGCUUCCUGGACAAGACGACGCAGAAGCCGAAGAAGGGUGGGGGACACACCGGGAUGGGCAACUUUGCACGGAUUGAGACCAUCACUGUAGAUGAGGAUCUGCCCGCCGACGGCAAGGGCGUGGGGAGUGGGGAGCGCUACGCGCUCAAGUACGAGAAUGGGCAGCACUGCUGGAACGGGCCGAAUCGGAGUACGCUCGUAGUGCUGGCGUGCGCGGAGAAGGACGAGAUCUGGAAAAUUGUCGAGGAGGAGAAGUGCGUGUACCGGAUGGAGGUGGGGACGCCGGCGGUGUGUGGGGUCAAGGAGGGUGUGCAGAAGGGAGCCCCCGCGCACAACGAGCUAUAGGAUAUCAUCUGGGCGCAUAUAGGGUGCAUGCGAAGAGGUACUGUUGUUGUUACAUAGAGAGGAGUCGCAUGGUGCGUUCCGGCGUUGUUUGGCUGGCUGGUUGGUCGAUUGAUGCGGGCAUUAGCGUACAGUACAGCAAGUCGUCAAAAAGUAGAAUGAAGUAGACGGCAGCAUUGUUGAUAUAUUUUCUUCUUCAAAAAC